AUGGGAGUCCCCGUCCUCGGCGAGAACAACAAUGAUGAAACCACUCCAUUGAUGACACAGAGCAACCACAGGCAAACCUCGCCUUCAUCGUCAUCAUCAUUAGACGGGCGGCUACCAUACACAGCCGAUGGUGAACUCAAAAAGGCCACCGAAGUGGGCGUCCGUGACGACCGCAGCGAGCAUGACACUCAUUUCAUCGGCAUUACUCCUUCAAAAUUCUGGGUGGUAUUUGGAAGCAUCCUACUCUCCAUCAUCCUGUCCUUUUUCGACGGCUCUAUCUUAGAAUCCAUUCACCCCGUAAUCUCGUCGCAUUUCCAUGUCGCGAACUCAGCUUCUUGGCUCUCUACCGGAUUCCUUUUGACCUGCACAGUUUUCCAACCGAUCUUUGGUCAGAUAUCUGAUAUAUUUGGCAGGCGCAUACCUUACCUCUUUUCCAUCUCGAUAUUUUUUCUAUCCACGGUCUGGUGUGGAGUGUCAUGGAACUUCAGCAGCUUCCUUGCUGCCCGUCUACUCUGCGGUGUUGGUGCAAGCGGGGUCACUUCGUUAGGGGCGAUUAUCUGUUCAGACUUGAUCUACAUUGAACACAGAGGGAUAUACCAAUCAUACAUCAGCCUUGCUUAUGGCCUUGGGAAUUGCCUCGGAUUGGCUUUUGGAGGGGUGAUAGUUGACUCCCUUGGCUGGAGAGCAGUCUUUGGAAUACAAUUGCCAAUGCUAUGUGCUCUUUUUAUUGCCGUAUAUUUUACGCUGCCAUCGAACCUGGGGCCUCAGCUAGCACGCGAGCGAAACAUCAGCAUGAGAGAAGCGCUUAGGACCAUAGACAUUGCUGGCUCUGUUUUCCUGGUUGUUGGAGUUACUGCUUUGAUGAUGGGAAUGAAUUUAGGCGGCAAUGUCUUUCCUUGGAGACACCCAAUUGUUAUCUCUUCCUUGGCCAUAUUCUGUCUCAUUUCGGUUCCCUUCAUAAAAGCCGAACAAUCGACAUCCAAGCCGGCAAUCCCAUUAUCACUUUUAACAAAUGCGCCGCAUGCAAAUUUGAUAUUGGGGAACUUUCUUGUUGGUAUCUCCAUCAACACAAUAUUGUUCAACGCACCUCUUUUCUUUCAGGCGGUAAAGCUGGAAUCACCAACCAAUUCCGGCCUACGUCUUCUUCCAGCCUCCGCUGGUCUGAUGGUUGCUAGCCUUCUAACCGGCGUCUUUAUGACAAAAACCAAGCUGCUGAAACCAAUACUGCUUGGAGGAGUAUUUUGGCUAAUUUGCAGUUGUGCUUUCUCGGGGAUGAUUAGUAGCAGGGUCCCAGAUUGGGUGUCUGUGACUUUAAUUUCAAUGGCGGCAUUUAGCCAGGGAGCUUUAUAUCCGCCAACAAUGAUGGGUGUCCUGUCAACCAACGCCCAAGAGGAUCAGGCCGUCAUCACAACCACCCUUUCUCUACUCCGUUCGCUAGGAUGGGUUAUGGGCGUGGCAAUCAGUAGCUUAGUCCUACAAAACUCUCUGAGCACUUUUCUUCGCCAAACAGUUACCGGUCCCGAUAAGGCAGAUAUAAUUCUCCGUGUCCGGGGGUCUAUCGCGGAGAUUGCUAAAUUGGACACGAUUCAUAAGGGCCAGGUCACCAGCGCAUAUGAAAUGGCGCUUCGAAUAACCUUUUUAUCAAGUUUACUUUGGGCAAUCUUAGUUCUCAUUUUAGUCAUACCCGUCAGAUUGCCUCGUCUGGGACACAAAAAGUAA